ACUGCUUCUAUUGUUUUCUCGAUUGAUUUCAACCCACUGGAAGCGUACCCGCUGAAAGUGUAUCCGCUUCAAUUUCCACCAAGCUUCCAGAAUUCAAGAUUCUUAUCCAUGGUAGAAAAUCUUGGUUCUGGUAGUUGAUGCAUCCUCGACUUGAUGGACAAGGGGGGGCGGAGUUGAAACUUAGUCGAACCCCUCCCCAUGCCCGAUUGAGUCGUCUUCGUGACCGAUGAUUGGCCGAGGGAGACUUCCGAAGCACGGAGUGGUCUCCGGAAGUCUACACUAUCCAACCAAACAACGAUAACGGUCUCCCGUCUGCAUGUCAAACUGAUGAUCCACUAGGGGACCACGGACAUGAAGGGGUUCAAAUCAUUCAAAGGGUCCAGACCCUAUCAUCUAUGAGACGCCCCUCCCGGAGACAAGCCCGAAGCUUUCGGUUCAGGUCAGCCAUGUAGACAGAAGAGGCACCGCAGGCCUCCUGGCUUCUGCCGGCGUCUACCUGCUGCUCCACGGUUCUGAAGCGGGGCUGUCCGAUGCUCAAGCCACCUUCCCCCCCCUGUGGCAUCGGGGGAGGCCAACGCGCUCUCCAUCUUGUCGUCUUGACAGGCCCUGUGUUCAGGGUCCUGCAUGGUUUGACAUGGGCUAGUGGGCGGUGGGUUUUCUUGCCGUCAAUCCGUUUUUUUCUACUUUCCCCGAUUUGUCCAGUAUCAUUCGAUCGAUCUCUCGACGCGAAUACCCUUGACGACCUCGUCGAUCGAGAAGUUCCCUACAUCGAAAACCAAGAACUAGUCGGGUUCGAGCUAACGCGUUCUUCGUGUUGGGUUUCUCACCUAACUCAUAAGGGAUCAUAGUCGCCUCAAAGGCAAUGGAUGUGUUCACACCAUGUUCCGCUUUUGAAUCACGAAUGUCGACAAUCCUUCCCCAUUCUUUCGUCGAGAUCUACCGCAUUAUCGAAGCAAGUCCCACCAGAGCCUGGCAAGCAAGCCACAGUGGCCACUGAUCACGGGAUGCCCAACCACGUUCGGUCCAAGUCGGAGCUGACCCGCCAGCGGGAAGUUUUCAAAUACGCUUCGUCCAUCUUAUCCAAUAUCGACGUUCACGAAGAUGGUAUCCCACAAACAAACGAGCCACGAACUGUAUCCGACAACAUCGCGCUCACGGCAUUCGCCCAGCUGUGCGCCUGCCAGACAGGCACAUCUCGAUCUUUCAUUUCACUAUUCGACGAGAAGCAUCAGUAUGUAGUUGCCGAAGCCACUCCGAGCCUCCCGCUCGUGCCUAGCAUCAUGCACGAAGACCUAUGGUUCUGUGGUCAUGCCUUUCCCCGACGCAACGGCAUUUGCGAACACACCCUGUUUGAAGCCGACAAGGUCCGCGACAAUGGCAGUCACAAGCCUGCUGAGCUCCCUGUUGUGGUGAUCCCCGACCUCACAACAGAUACACGCUUCAAAUCGAAAGCCUGCGCCAUCGGUGACCCUGAACAACCUCCCCGGUUCUACGCGUCGGUCCCUAUUCGAACGUCAAAAGGAGUCAGCAUAGGCGUAAUCUCUGUGAUGCAUCCUGUGCCUAUUGCGACUUGGUCCAAAGUCGAAACCCAGAUUUUGAGGAACAUCUCCAAUGUCGUCAUGAGCUACCUCGAAGGCAACAGAACGACUGCUCAUUUACGCAGCGAACGUAUGAACAAGGGAAUCUCGGCUUUCAUGGAAGAAAACUUUAGCUUGUCGGGAAGCCAGCUGGGACCUUCUGCUGCCGAUCUGGGUCAACCGGGCAUGUCAAGCGACACCUCCAAUACCGCCCCCCAACACCUCAGGGACAGACUGAACCUCAAUUCUCCAGAGCCUCCACCCUCGUCGACAGGCUCGGACACGGCUGACACUCAACCAACGCCACUCUCGGAACUCGACGACCCUUUCUCCACGAUUUCUCCAUUGGAAGCAGUACUGACCGGGGACACAUCGAUACCCAGCAACCCGAGCCCUGCGAGUAGCCCGAGCCCUACCUUGCCUACCAUCCAACCAGCGACCAUGUCGGCCUUCGAGAUUCAGAUGCAUGCGGAAACAUCGCGGAAGAGCGCCAUAAAUCUCAUCUUCUCCAAUGCCGCAGAGAAGAUCAGGCAAGCCACGGAUGUCGAAGGUUGCCUCUUCCUUGACGCUACCCCGGGGGGCUUUGGCGCCCUUAGGAGUCCGGCUGUAGAGGACCCCAGUGCGCAGCUGGGUUCGUCUUAUAACAGUAGCGACGAGGGCACUGAUUCUUCGGACAGUCAGUCAUGGCCACCGGCACGAGUCCUUGGGUUUUCAACAUCUGAAAGGGGGGGUAUUGAUGGCCCUGAGCACAUCACACGCCAUGCGGCCGUUGCGGAAAAGCUACUUGCAACACUCGUGAGAAGAUACCCCAAGGGAAAACUGUUUACUUUCGACGCAAGCGACAACCUUCAUCCCACCGACUCAUCAGAAGAGGACCGGCUCAGGGCGCUCUCGACACUGCAAGAUCAUCUGUUGCAAAGUCGUGGCGGCCAUGCGCGUCAAGGCCCUCGGAGCAAGCCUUGGGCUAGACAGAACGAAGGCCGAGAUCUUCUUCGGAUCUUUCCAGGAGCCCGUAGCGUUGCGUUUGUUCCCGUAUGGGACCCACGGAAGAACAGAUGGUAUGCCGGCGGCUUUGUCUACAGCCGACAAACCAAGCGUGUUUUCACCGUCGAGGGAGAGCUCAGUUACUUGAGAGUUUUUGGCAUACUCGCCAUGACGGAGACCCUGCGCCAUGAGUUAAUACUCGACGAAAAGGCUAAAUUCGAUGCGCUCAGCUCUAUGUCCCACGAACUACGGUCUCCUCUUCACGGCAUCAUCCUUGGAAUCGAGCUUCUCAAUGAUACGGAUUUGAGCGUUGCCCAGGGUGACAUAGCUCAUACGCUUGAAGCCUGUGGCAGAACUCUUACUGACACUUUGGAUCAUCUUCUCGACUACUCCAAGGUCAACAACUUCCAGACAACUCGGCGUCCGCUUGCUAGGGGCUUGCGCCAUGGCAAGCCCCAAUCUAUCGGUGCCGGCAUGAUGACACUGAACUCCAACGUACAAAUCGACGUUCUUGCCGAAGAGGUCAUGGAUAGCGUUUUCGCCGGCUUCAAUUUCCAGCACAUGUCCAUCGCGCAGCUCAAAAAGAAGAACAGAACCAGCGAUCCUGAUGUUGCUGCCAAUCAAUAUCUUGACAGCCUCAGGGCUCAAGAAGAACUCGGCCUAGGAUCAGACAAUCAACAUACCAGCCAAGUCGCCUUUGACGAUGUUAUGGUGCUUUUUGAUGUGGACCCUAACUGCUCAUGGGUUUUCGAUACUCAGCCCGGCGCCAUCCGUCGCAUCAUUAUGAACCUCUUUGGCAACGCGCUGAAAUACACGCAUAGCGGGGUCAUUAAGGUGCUUCUCGAGCAGAAGAGUCCGAAGACCGGGGGUGCCAACCGCGAACGACAAGUAACCAUCACCGUUUCUGACACGGGAUGUGGAAUCGGCGAAGACUUUCUGCGCUACCAGUUAUUUAAGCCAUUCUCUCAGGAAGACCCUCUUGCGCCCGGCACAGGCCUAGGACUAAGCUUGGUCAAGCGGAUGACCUCUCACCUCCGUGGGCGUAUGUCGGUCCAGAGCCGUGUCGGGCUGGGUACUUCGACCAGCGUGACGCUGCCUCUUUCGGUCCCUCUUACCGUCGCAACCGACGAGCCGAACUAUGCCUCCGAGGAUCCGUUCCCGCAACAGCGCUUGGAGCUAUCUGGUCUUCGCAUCCGACUAAUCGGGUUCGAAGGCAUCAUGCCGUUAGUAAACGGUGACAGCCACGACAAUCAUGCAUCCAUCGAGAACAUUUGCCGAAAUUGGCUUCAAUUGGAAUUAGUCUCAGAAUCUCAGGCACACAAAGCAGUCCCCGACCUGAUCCUGGUUUCAGAGGACGCGCUUCAUGAGAGGACCAAAGACAAGACUCUUUCGAAGCUCCCCUGUGUCGUCGUGUGUGUCAACGCCCUUGUCGCUCAUCAGCGUUCAUCUGAGCGGAGCGAUUACAAGGGAAUUGUCGAGUUUAUCUCCCAACCCGUCGGACCCCGCAAACUUGCCAAGGUACUGCUGUUGGUUUUUGACAGAUGGGCAGCUGUACAGGCAGAAUGGGCGAGCUCAGGCCCCGACUCGCCGCUAACGCCGGCUCAAAAGACAAUCGAAACAUCGAUCAACUACCACGGGUUAGAGGCACCUCCGUUGUCAACAAACUCUUCGACUUCAGACGUUCCAAUUGUUCCUGCGAGACCAAAGCAGCCAAGGAUGCUGUCUUCCCGGCCAAAGCUUUACAAGCCCCCUUCAAUCGUGAACCUUACAUUGGAGUUCUUAUUGGUGGAGGAUAACCCGAUCAACCUUAAAAUCCUCUCCACCUACAUGAACAAGCUCGGGAGGAAGUAUCACACAGCGACCGAUGGCUUGCAGGCCGUUGAAGCGUACAAGAAGAACCCAAGCGCAUGCAAGUACAUUCUCACCGACGUGUCAAUGCCGGUUAUGGAUGGGUUUGAGGCGACGAGGCAUAUUAGAGCCCACGAGCGGCUGCUUGCCCUGAAGCCGGCGACGAUCAUUGCGUUAACAGGGUUGGCGUCGAACGAUUCGCAAAACGAGGCGUUUGGAAGUGGGAUGGAUCUGUUUUUGACGAAGCCGGUGAAGCUCAAGGAGCUCAGCUCUAUCUUGAAGUCUCGUGGGUUGCUUGGAUAAGCAAUUGGGCCAAGGCCAUGAACACCACCAAACUAAUAUGUAUUAAUAAACGAUUCAUGAAGACAGAAAAAAAAUAUCAUAG